AUGGGGAUUAUUUUUGCUAUCUCAGACAGUCCUUGGAUCGUGAUAGCGCCAGAGGACCAAGAAAAGACUACAUUCACAUGCCCAUUUGGUACAUUCGCUUACCGUCGGAUGUUUUUCGAUCUCUGCAAUGCCCCUGCAACCUUCCAAAGGUGUAUGAAGGAUGUGACAUUUGAUUUCACUAAUGAAUACAAGGUGGCCUUCGACAAAUUGAAAGAGUCGAUGACAUCGCCGCCCGUCAUUGAACCCCCAGAUUGGAGCCUCCCAUUUGAAAUCAUGUGCGACACGAGUGAUUAUGCCGUGGGAGCCGUGUUGGGGCAAAGGAUAGGAAAGGCGGCACACGCGAUCUACUAUCCAUCGAGGGCAUUGAGUGGAGCCCAACUUAACUACUCCACAACGGAGAAAGAAUUACUCGCCGUUGUUUUUGCACUAGAGAAAUUUAGGUCAUAUUUAUUAGAUGCAAAUGUAAUUAUUUGCUCUGAUCAUGCAGUCUUGAGAUACCUACUAGCGAAGAAGGAUGCAAAAUCGAGACUCAUAAGGUGGAUCUUGCUCCUGCAGGAGUUCGACUUAGAGAUCAAAGAUAAGAGUGGAGCCGAGAACUUGGUGGCCGACCAUUUGAGCCGGCUACUUACAAAUCAAGAAGACUUACCGCUGAGGGAAUCAUUUCCUGAGGAGCAAUUGUUAGCCAUUGAUUCGUCAAUACAUUGGUAUGCUGAUAUUGACAAUUUUUUGGUAACGAAUCAAUUACCUGCAGAUUUCAUCGGUCCCUUUCCCUCGUCUUUUGGUUUCUUAUAUAUUUUACUUGCUGUCGAUUAUGUUUCCAAAUGGGUGGAAGUAAAAGCUACUCGGACUAACGAUUCGAGAGUGGUUGUAGAAUUCAUAAAGUCUAACAUUUUUGUCCGCUUUGGGAUGCCGAGAGCCAUAGUGAGUGACAGGGGCACCAAUUUCUACAAUAAGGCGAUCACUGCGUUGUUUCGUAAAUAUGGCGUGCUCCACAAAGUAUCCACUCCCUACCAUCUGCAGACGAAUGGUCAGGUCGAAGUGUCAAAUAGGGAGGUCAAGUCAAUUCUAGAGAAGAUGGUGCGGCCCGAUAGGAAAGAUUGGAGUUUGAAGUUGGAAAAUGCUCUAUGGGCCUAUCGCACAGCCUAUAAGACGCCGAUUGAAAUGUCCCCAUAUAGAUUCGUCUUUGGGAAGCCAUGCCAUUUACCAGUGAAAUUUGAACACCGAACAUUUUGGGCACUUAAGCGAUGUAACAUGGAUCUUAUGGAGGCCGGAGGACAUAGAAAACUCCAAUUACAAGAGUUGGAGGAGCUAAGGAAUGAAACCUAUGAGAAAACCGCAAUUUAUAAGGAGUAG